ACGCCGGACGGCACUACGGCAGUUUUGAAUUUCGUUAAUCCACCUCCGUCUUCCGUCUACUGAUCUUUGUGACUCAUAAAGUCAUAAUUCGUCUGUACAUAUCAAUAUAUAUUUACUCAUUAGCUAUUUGUUAAUCAUUAGUUGGUUUUUUAAUUUCUCAUUAUUUGACAAUCCCGUGAGACAUCAGAUAGACGAAUUGGUGGCAAAGCGAAACCCAAAACCCGUUUGGAAAACCAACUGGAAACGCAACGCCGUCUUAUCAAUAUUCAUAUGGGCGAGACGCUCGUCGGUUACGACCUCGGAUCUACGACAACUAUACUUGGGGAAUUUUUGUUUUUGCCCGUCGAUCGGCUGAAAACUGCGCAACGUUCGAUUAGGGGGCCUCCGCGAUCGCAUGUUAUGGAUUCGUCGUUGGUCGUUGGCCUUUGUCGUCCGACUCCGACUCGUCCGUAACCGUCUUUCUCCGCCACCUCCACGACCACCGUCCCACUACUCCACCGCCUCCUACACCGGACGCCGCCUUGCGAGUCGUCGUCCUCCGCCGGGUGUCGUCGCCGUUAGUGGUUAUCAGUCGUUGCUCGUCGUCCGGUGUAACGGUUUUGCGCACAACACGGCUGGUGCGGCCGUUCGCGUGACGUUUCUCCCGACUCGAUCUCGUUCUUAUUAUUACUUAUUUUUACGGUUUAUCGCGUGUCAUGCGAAAUACGUUAAAAAAAUUAAAUUUAUCGAAACAUAUCGUUCGUCCGUCCGCCGCCGACAUUAGUAUUAUUAUCGUCACACUAUAUUGUUAAUACCGAAUCGUUCGUCGUUACGCGUAUCGCGCCUUUGUAUCGUUAUCGUUCGUCCCCCCCACCCUUCCCCCCACACACAUACAUACGCGCACACAGCCCUCGACUGGGUCCGUUGUGCUCGCCUUUUGGUCGUCGUCCGAAAAAAAACCUACGAGGCUACGACGUCAACAUGCAAGUGGAAGAAGCGUUAUUCGACGGUGUAAACUUGAAGCUGGCCAUGGACAUCAAGAUCAAACGUACCGAUGGUCGUAUCCACAAGGCAGUUGUGUCUAGGAUGAAUCCAGAUACUAGAAGCAUUUCAGUUGAGUGGCUAGAAAAUGGUGAAACAAAAGGCAAAGAGAUUGAUUUAGAUGGGAUCUUGGAACUGAAUCCUCAAUUACGUUCAAAUAUUCCUAGUAUUAAUAUGGUUGCUCAAAAUGGUACUAAUAUACCAACAACAAGCAAGUUAGCAAGGUAUUCCACAAAAGCCUCGAUACAAGCAUUUACAAAUAAUAAAGGUUCUUAUAAAGGAACAAAACCAGUUAGUAGACAAACCAAUCAUUAUUCACCUGCAGUGAAUGGCACUGGAGAAGUUUUGUCAACAACUGUCCCAUGUACACCUUUAAACCCUCCAACCCAGUAUCAACAAAUUCCUGUGUUAAAACCAGCUGAUCCUCCACCUCAAACACAACAAUUAACCCAUUUGUAUAGCAAUAAUACGGCAGGAGCAAUCCGUGGCUCAAAUACUACUGCAGCAACAUCAGCUGCAGCUGCCGCUGCUGCUGCUGCAGCCGCCAAAGACAGGCGAAGUAAUGUUGUUAAGGAAGUAGCUAAAUUGAAAAAAAACCGAGAAGAAAGGCGACAACGUCAAGCUGAAUUAAAAGAAGAAAAAGAAGCAUUAAUGAACAUGGACCCUGGUAAUCCAAAUUGGGAAUUUCUUGCUAUGAUAAGAGAUUAUCAAUCUAAUUUAGAUUUUAAACCUUUGAGAGACUCUGAAGUAGUUGAAGAUCAUCAAAUUACUGUUUGUGUCAGAAAAAGGCCGCUCAAUAAAAAAGAAUUGAAUCGAAAAGAAGUUGAUGUUGUUGCAAUACCAUCUAAAAAUCAGGUUAUUGUCCAUGAACCAAAAAACAAAGUAGAUCUUACAAAAUACUUAGAAAACCAGCAUUUCCGAUUUGAUUAUGCCUUUGACGAGACUUGCACCAAUGAGACGGUGUAUAAAUAUUCUGCAAGACCUCUUGUAAAAACUGUAUUUGAUGGUGGCAUGGCCACAUGUUUUGCUUACGGACAAACCGGCAGUGGUAAGACUCACACCAUGGGUGGAGAUUUCCAUGGUAAAACACAAGACUGUAAAAAAGGCAUUUAUGCAAUGGCUGCUAAAGAUGUUUUCCGUUUUCUUAAUUCACCUAGUUAUUCAGCAUUAAAUCUGGUUGUUACUGCCAGUUUUUUUGAAAUUUACAGUGGCAAAGUGUUUGACUUGCUGGGUGAUAAAGCCAAAUUAAGAGUACUCGAGGAUGGUAUGCAAAAAGUGCAAGUAGUUGGUCUUACUGAAAAAGUAGUCACUACAGUAGAUGAAGUUUUGAAAAUAAUCAAUGAUGGUAACAGUGCUAGAACUUCAGGUCAAACAUCAGCAAACAGUAACUCUUCAAGGUCUCAUGCUGUUUUCCAAAUCGUAUUACGUAUCCCAGGCUUAAAUCAAAUACAUGGAAAAUUUUCAUUGAUAGAUUUAGCUGGAAAUGAAAGGGGUGCAGAUACAUCAUCAGCCAACCGACAAACACGAAUGGAAGGUGCAGAAAUAAAUAAAUCUCUACUUGCAUUAAAAGAGUGUAUUCGUGCUCUAGGGAAAAAAGGUUCUCAUUUACCUUUUAGAGCAAGUAAAUUAACACAAGUACUUAAAGAUUCCUUUGUUGGUGAAAAUACUAAGACCUGUAUGAUUGCAAUGAUAAGUCCAGGACUUAGCUCAUGUGAACACUCUCUGAACACGCUCCGUUAUGCUGACCGUGUUAAAGAAUUGGAUGCAUCAGAUCCUGCUGCUGAAGAAGUUCAAGUGCCUAUGUAUUCUUCACCACCAAAUCGUUCUCCGAACAUGUCUCGUAAUUUACAAGAUGUCAGUAUGGUCGAUGAUGAUUUAGCAGCACUAAGAUCGCUUAAUGAGGGUGAAUUGUCUGCUGACUUGUACAAUUUUCACGAAGCUGUUUCCCAACUGCAAGAACAAGAAGAUGAAAUGCUAGAAAAACACAAGUCAUUAAUAGAAUCUGGACAGAAAUGGUCACAAAAAGAAAAACAGUUGUUGGCAAUGACUAAACACGUUGACUACGAUCAAGAUGCGUAUUCAUUGCAGCUGCUCAAUUUGCUUCAAACCAGAUUAGCUGCAAAUCAAGAUCUAGUUGAAACUGUGCUUGCAUUCAGAAAACAGUUGACAACUGAAGAACAAUUCAGUCAGAACAUAAUUAGAGGCAGCCACCGUUAGAKACAAUGUUAUUUUAUUAUUGUCCUCUAUGUGUACUCGUUAAGUCUUUGUUUUUGUAAUAAAAUAAUAUGAUGAAGUAGAAAACGCAUGAGAACAUUUCUAUUUUUGUCAUAUAGAUACUGAUUUUAUGUGAUUUUUUCAGUGAUGCUACUAUUAAUGGCCAGCAAAUACUUGUAAACUCUAACAAGUGUUUGCCGGUUUUACCUACUUAAUAAUUUACUACAUCGCUUUAAUUAAGUUUUUAACCUCAAAGAACUAAACCCUUAUUAUUGUUACGAGCAUUAUAAAUUUGUUCUUCUAACUUUAAAUACCUUUAGUUAUAUAUAUUUUUAAUUAUAUGUAUUUUUUCUUUUAA